CAAAUAACCCCCGUCCUACAUACCAUGCACAUAUAUAUGUAAGUAAGUAAGUAAAUAUGUAUGUACAUCCCUGUCCUGCCCUGCACAUAUGUAGUAGCACAACACAACGCCCAGAUCCCUCCCGCAGUCCAGGCUUGGCACAGCUCAAGCCCAAGCUCUCCGGGGUAACAAACGUCACGUCAUUACACCACACUACACCCAUCUCCAACAAAUCUAUUCCACCACAACAACAACCAAACCAACCACAACCAUCCUUCUUUAUUCCCCUCAUCUCCAAAAAUAAUCCACAUCACCCCACACAUACACCACCACCGCCACCACCACAACCGCCCAAUUCCCAACCCAUCCACCCACCCACCCAGCAAAGCACCACCUCAUGGCCCCCAUCCGACGCUACCUCCGCAUAAGCUCACACACGAUCCUCGAAUGUCGGAUCUACCUAGACAAUCCCUCCGACGUACGAUGGCUCCUCAACACACGAGGUGCGGAUCCGAUCCUUCCCCGGAUCUUUGCUGCGAUACGACCUCUCGUGCAUCCGAAAUUACGGGAGGAGAAUGAGCGGUUGUUAUUUGGGAAGAAGACGAAGGGGAGGGUGGUUAAGGAUGUUGUUUCGGAAGAGGAUUUCGAGGUUGCGUUGUUUUUGCGUGAGUCGAGGACCAGACAUUCGUUGCUUACGAGGGAGAAGGUUUUUGGGGAUGCGGAUGGGGAGGGGAGGAGGGCUGGCGGGGAGGGGGAGAUUUUGAUUGAGAGUGAUGAUGAGGAUCAUGGGGUGGGGGUGCAGAUGCAGGAUAUUCCGCAUGCGAGUGAUAUGGAUCAGGAUAAACGUGUUGGGACGAAGAGGCAGCAGGCUGUGGAUGACUCGCCCGAGAGGCAGCGAGUAUCGAAGCGGAGGAAGGAUGAGGAGUUUUUACCACAAGUGGCGGAGGAGGACAAGAAAAUGCGAUUCAGGACGAAUUACGAGGGAUUCAAUAUCUACGGCUGGGUAUUAUGUCUGUUGGUCACAAGAAAAGGUGACAGGACCGGGACAAAGGCGCCAGCAGAGCCGGGGCGUCAGGUUCUGAUGGAGGAAUGGAUAUCUACGCAGGCUCAGGGCGACCUGCCUGAGGAAUGACCUCAAUGCAUCACAGCAUAGAGCUGAAGGCAGCCAGGGAUGACAAGGAUGAUGUUCGUCGUAAGAUGCAACUGUCAGGCAACUGAUCGUUCGAUUCCUGCAUAACAGCAUGAUGUGGCUCAACGGUGCAACAUCACGAGCUGCAGAUUGCUUGUGCGCGUGAUGCAGGUGAAAUGCAUCGAGGUCGGACGAUCGCCUUGUGAUGCGCUUGGUAAAUUGCUGUGCCACCUGGUACAAUGGCGGCCCGUCUGGACAAGCAGCUGAAGUCGAGACCAAACCGCUCCAAAACAUUCUAGUUUUAAUUGCCCAGCAAGGGGCGAAACAGUGGUGUGCAACGGUCUGACUCAAAAGGGUCUGGCCGUUGUCUGGAUUGAGUUCUGUGUAACACCCGGUCCCAAGUGUUGCACCCGACCCAGGGGCCUCGAUGUUUCGCUCUUCCGCGGAAAAAAACCACAUCUACGGCAUUAGGCA